AUGACCCCCGAUACAACCAAAAAUUCCCCUCUUUUCAAACCAACCCUAAUCCUCCACGGCGGCGCCGGCAACCUCCAUAAAUCCACCCUCCCACCGCCCCUCUACAAAGCCUACGAAGCCUCCCUCCUCGCCUACCUCCGCGAAACCCACUCCCUCCUCCAAUCCGGCUCCACAGCCCUAGACGCCGCAACCCACGCCGUUACCCUAAUGGAAGACGACCCCCUCUUCAACUGCGCUCGCGGCAGCGUCUUCACGUCGGCCGGCACCAUCGAGAUGGAAGCCUCCGUAAUGGUCUCUUCCCUCCUGCCCCCCUCCUCCUCUUGCUCCUCCCAAGAACCCAUCAAACGAGGCGCAGGCGUAAUGGGCCUAACCAAUAUCCGACACCCGAUCCUAGCCGCCAAGGAAUCGUUGCUUAGGACUGGGGACGGGAAUGAUGGGGGGAGCAUGCAUUCGCAGCUUGUCGGGUCGUUUGUGGAAUCUAAGGCUCAGGAGUGGGGUUUGGAGGUUAUGCCUGAUGAGUGGUUUUGGACGAGGAGGCGGUGGGAGGAGCAUCGGCGGGGGUUGGAGGGGAAAGUCGAGCCGGUGAGUUUUAGUCAGGGGACUGUUGGGUGUGUUUGUCUUGAUAAGUGGGGUGGGAUCGCUGUUGCGACUAGUACCGGGGGAAUGACGAAUAAGUGGCCUGGACGGAUUGGGGAUACGCCGACUUUGGGGGGUGGGUUUUGGGCGGAGGGGUGGGACUGUGAGAGCUCUCUUUCUGGGGUUGAGGGUGAGGGUGAUGGGGGGAAGGGGAGUGGGUUGUUGGAUGCGUUUGUGGGGGGUUGUUUGGGGUUUUUGGGGGGUAGGAGUGGGAGGGGGAAGUAUAUGCCUUUGGGGACGGAGGUGCCGGUAGGGGUUCCUGGGCUGGGGGAGAAGAUGGCCAUUGUGGGUCCUAGUUCGGGGCGGGUGAAGAAGAGGGUUGUUGCGGUUUCUGGGACGGGGAAUGGGGAUUCGUUUCUGCGGGUUGCGGCGGCUAGGACGGCGUGUGCUAUGGUUCGGUUUUCGUCUUCGACGAAAACGCUGGCGGAUGCUGUGGCUGCCGUUGCUGGGCCCGGGGGUGAAUUGCAGCGUUCGGCGGGAGGGCGCUGGGGGGUUACUGGGGAAGGAGAGGGGGGUAUUAUUGGGAUUGAGGCGGAGGUGGAGGUGGAUGAGAAUACUGGGCUGCCUGUGUUUGGGGAGGAGUUGGGGCGCGGAAAAGUGGUGUUUGGUUUCAAUUGUGGAGGGAUGUGGAGGGCGUGGGUGGAGGAGGAUGGCUCUGGGAAUGAUAUAGAGAAUGUGAUGGUUUUUAGAGAACCAUAUUAG